CGGACUGGCUCUCGCUCCGGCUCCGGCUCCGGCCCCCGAAGGAUGCGGCGCGCCCAGGAUGCUGCCGCGCCUGCUCGUGUCGCUGGCGACGCUCCUCUGCCUGUGCCCGGGCCCGGGUGCGCACGGGACAGAACUGCCCAGCCCUUCAUCUGUGUGGUUCGAAGCAGAAUUUUUCUCCCACAUCCUCCACUGGACUCCCAUCCCGAAACCAUCCAACAGCACCUACUAUGAAGUAGAGCUUCUGAGGUAUGGGUUAGAACCCUGGAAGCGCAUCCCCAGCUGUAACCAGACUCAGGUGCUGUUCUGUGAUCUCACUAUGGUGACCCUGGACCUGUACCACAAUAAUGGCUACCGAGCCAAAGUCCGCGCAGUAGAUGGAAACCAGUCCUCCAACUGGACAUUAACCAACACCCGCUUCUCCAUGGAUGAAGUGAAUCUGACGGUUGGCAGCGUGAAGCUGGAGGUGGAGAACGGCAUCAUCCUCGGGAAGAUCCAGCCCCCCAGGCCCAGGAUAGCCCCUACAGGAGACACUUACGAAAGCAUCUUCCAGCACUUCCGCGAGUAUAAGAUUGAGAUUCGCAAGGUGCCAGGGAACUACACGUUUACAAAAACAGUAAAACAUGAAAACUUUAGCCUCUCACCCCCUGGAAAACUGGGAAAUUUCUGUGUCAAGGUGAAGCCAUCUGUGAGCUCUCGAAUGAACAAUGGGAUAUGGUCGAAGGAGGAGUGCAUCGUGCUCACUUAUCAGUAUUUCACCGUGACCAACCUCAGCAUCUUCUUCACCUUCGUCCUGCUGCUGUGCGGAGCUCUGGCCUACUGCCUGGCCCUCCAUCUGUACGUGUGGCACCGGAGGAAGCUGCCCCCUGUCCUGAUCUUCAAGAAGCCCCAGCCCUUCAGCUUCAUCAGCCAGCUUCCCUGCCCUGAGCCCCAGGACACCAUCCACCCCCUGGAUGAAGAGGCCUUCCCCAAAGUGUCCUCAGAGCUGAAGAACUUGGAGCUGCAUGGCAGCACGGACAGUGGCUUUGGCAGUGCCAAGCCAUCACUGCAGAAUGAAGAGCCCCAGUUCCUCCUCCCUGCCUCCCACCCCCAGGCUGAGGGGACCAUGGGAAAGGGGCUGUCCCCGGAGCCAGGGAGCAGCUGCAGUGGUGGCAGCAGCAACAGCACGGACAGCGGGAUCUGCUUGCAGGAGCCCAGCCUGAGUCCUAGCACUGGACCAAGCUGGGAGCAGGGUGGGGAACAGCCAGAGGACCAGGAUGACAGUGGUAUUGGCCUAGUCCCAAACUCCGAGGGGCAGCCUGGGCAUGAGCGGAGUGACUCUGCCUUGGGCCACAUUGAUCCCCCUGGGCCUGAGGCACCUGGGGAAGAAGACCUCACCUUCCGGGGCUACCUGAAGCAGACCAGAUGCACAGAGGAGAAAGCAGCCAAGACAGACUGCCUGGAGGAAGAGUCCUUCUCUCCGGAUAGCCUUAGCCCCAAGUUCAGGACCUGCCUGGAGGCAGGCUGGCCUCCACCGGCCCUGGCCAAGGGCUAUUUGAAACAGGACCCAGGAAUGACUGUCACUCCCUCAGGGACCUCAACUGGACAGUGGAACCAGCCAAUGGAGGAAUGGUCACUCCUGGGCUUGACCAGCUGUGGUGACCUCAGAGCAUCUGACUGGAGCUUGGCGCAUGAUCUUGCCCCUCUGGACUGGGUGGCAGGCCCCAGGGGUCUCCUGGGCAAAUUUGACUCAAACCUGGCCACCCUGCCACUGAUCUCCAGCCUCCACUCAAGCGAGUGACUCAAGCUGAGGGGCUGAUUUGAUUUCGGCCACGAGGGGCCCCAGGGGUCAGAAAUGAUGGCCAGUGUGGGCACUCCUGCAAGCCCAGUGGAGCCAGCCCAAGCCAGGCCCAGCAGGGCCAGCCAAGGUACCCAGGGCAGAAAGAGACAAUCUUUCUAAACUGUCACAGGGUGUAUGAGUGGCAUUGGCUGGUUGUGCCAAGAGGGCUCCAAGGUCUCUGGCAGAGCCGGGAAGGGCAGGGUGGGGCUCUUCCUAUACUCUGAUGGAUUAUCUGCUCAGGGGAAUCACAAGGUUUUCUGGAAUUGUGCUGAGGCCCCAGCUGAAGUCAGUUCAGACCCAGGCCUCCCCCUUCGACCAGGCAAGUGCCAGGGCCUCCAGCAGGACAGAGGGCUGGGAGGGUUGGGGCUUGAGGGUUUCCCUGCAGGGGUCACUCCUUGGAGGACAAAGGAGAAAACAGAGACCACAUUUGAUCUCUGGGAUGGUGUGAACUGGUCAGCCUGGGAUGGUCACCUGGAGAAGCUUCCCAGCUGGCAGUCCUCCCAGGCAGGGAGCUUAUCAUGGAAGAUCUUAAGAUGCAUCUCCCCUAGCCGGCCAGUCUGCCAACCACUGUUACAGAGCCAGAGGGGGAUGUAGCCCCUGUGGCUGAGCCACUCACUACCUCCACCCUGUUGCCCCCAACAUCUUGCUGACAGCACCAGAGAAACCAUGGUUCUCUGUAUUGGUCAAAAGUCUACCCUUCAGGUGGUCUCUGAGCUUGGGCACCAGCUCACCUGCCCCAGUGUAGGUUUUGGGACCUACACUUGUGUUUACUGCUAAAAAUCCCGCUGAAGACCACCAGGACAUGGCACUGGGCUCAGAUCCCUGCUAUCUAGGAGUCAGCUAUGUGAGCAUGGGCCAGCCACUUCUCAGGGGGCUUGUUAUCCUCUGAUAACACGGGUGGAAUAAUGACUUAAUCUCCAGUGGCCUCCAUGCCGGAUGUUAACCCAGCUGGCAUCAGGGGUGACGUCUGCAGCCCGGUUUGACCCUGGCUGGGGGGAAAGUGGACUGCGGAGCUCCUAUCUGCACAAAGCCAGCUUCGUUCUCAUGCUGAGGAUGAGCAGAUUUAACAGAACUCCGUGGUGUCAAGCUAAGACAACUCCCAGACCCUGGGCCCAGAAAGGGGACAGGUGUGGGUCCUGCCUCCCCACUCAGUUUGGAUUCUAUCUUCAAAGCCAGUUUACAGUCCAUGGCAAGGAAGCUGGAAAUGACAGGCCUGGGGUCUGCCCCCACACACACACCUGAGGGUCACCUCUCGGCCCUGCAUUUUUCUGGGCAUUCUGAGAAGAGACACUCUAGCUCAGGGAAACCACCCCCUACUCUCCCACCACACUCUCCCAAGAGGCUCCCACGUGCUAGUCUGAUAAUUGAACUCCCUCUGGAAACUUAGGCUCAUGGGAAGAUUUCUCAAGGUUCCCCAGGAAGGUUUAUUUAUUUAUUUUGUUCACUUAUUUAUUGAAGCAGUGGCAUGGUACAGUGCAAGAAUUCUGGGUAUUUCAAGAACCUGGAGGUUCUAGUUCUGACCCCUCUGUUUCUGGUGUUUCCUCAUCUGUAAACUGAAGCAACUUGGCUUCUUGAUCUGUAGAAAAGCAUAUACCUGACGUGCAGUUCCCAGGGAUGCGAGGCCUUGCCGAGGCAGUGGAUCCCCGUGUGCCUUGAAUACAAAGCUCUUUGUAAGUCAGUGACGUAUGUCUUUUUAUCUUCAAUAAAUUGUCAGGACCUCAGGA